AUGGGCAAGUCUAUUUGUAGAUGUGACGGUAGGUGGUUAAGUCAAAGCUCCUCUUCUCCGCUGAGCUUGGGUCCGUUUCGGGGACCAGACGGUCGAGGGGCCGUGGGGAAGCGUACGAAGGAGCAGAGCCAGAACUGGUCUGAGGAGGGUGGAAGCCAUCGUUCGGGUGGCACAAGGGUGUUUUUUGGUGUGGAUGUAUGCCGCCUCAAGAAGGCCGGUCGCGAAAUCGAGAAGGGGCCUCGAGGCAGCAGUUGCUGUGACAACACUGUCUAG